UUUUUCUCUUCAUUAUUUAUCCUGGAGCAUUUGUUGAUCUGUUCACCACCCAUUUACAACUUAUAUCACCAGUCCAGCAGCUAAGGAUAUUUUGUGCAGCUCUCUCCCACCUGCUUGCUACCCAGGACCGGUACGGGAGUCUCCGCCAUGGCCUCAGAGACAGAGAAAAUUAUGUGUCUCACCACAGAAAACGCAGAGAUUCCCGCUGAUUUUGUGGAGCUGCAGCCACUCAAUGAUAUCGAGGCGGUUUCUUUGGAAACCAACGUAAGCCAAACCAUCGAAGUGUAUGGAGAUGUAGGUGUCGAUUGGGCGCAUGGUGGCCACUACCACUCUCCUUUUAUUGCUCUGCAGCCACUUGCGGGCAGCAACCUGAGUAAUGGAGAUCAUGAUCAGGAAAUGAUUUUCGUGCAGACACGAGAGGAGGUGGUGGACUACCAAGACCCAGACAACCUACUACUUGGUGCUGAAUUUGAAAGCCAGAUGGUUUUGCCAAUUCAUGAAGACGACUAUCUCCAGCCGACCACUGCCUCUUUUUCUGGCUUAAUGGCGGCAGAGAGUGGUCAAGAUGAGCUCAGCCCCCUUGGAGGGAAUCUCUGUGGUUUGACGACCAUUAUCGAGGCUGGUGCAGAAGAAGGCUUGGACCCUGACCUGGGUGACAAACAGUGGGAGCAGAAGCAGAUACAAAUCGAUGGUCUUGAUGGAGAAUUUCCCUUCACCAUGUGGGAAGAUAAUGAAAAAGAAGAUCCCGUGGCUGAAGCACAGGCUGGUGAGUCAACCCCCGAUUAUUCUGAGUAUAUGACAGGGAAGAAAUUUCCUCCUGAAGGAAUACCUGGCAUUGAUCUUUCUGAUCCCAAACAACUGGCAGAAUUUACUAGCAUGAGACCCAGAAAGCCAAAAGGAGACUUUCCAAGACCUAUAGCAUGCUCUCAUAAAGGCUGCGGGAAGAUGUUCAAAGAUAAUUCUGCUAUGAGAAAGCACUUGCACAUCCAUGGGCCUAGAGUGCAUGUCUGUGCAGAAUGUGGCAAAGCUUUUGUUGAGAGUUCGAAGCUGAAACGGCAUCAGCUGGUUCACACUGGAGAGAAGCCCUACCAGUGUACCUUUGAAGGCUGUGGGAGACGCUUUUCCCUAGAUUUCAAUUUGCGCACACACGUGCGAAUCCACACUGGAGACAAACCCUUCGUGUGCCCAUUUGAUGCCUGCAACAAGAAGUUCGCUCAGUCGACAAACCUGAAAUCGCAUAUCUUAACACAUGUUAAGAACAAGUGACCAUUAGAAAGAAAUGAGAAGAUCCUUUUGAAGACUGGGAAGUAUUUUAUAGUAAUGUGCCUGAGACUAAAUAUGCCCCUAGUUUGAAUAGUUUCUAGGAAAGUUAUUGCAAAUGAAUUUUAUACAUAUCUGAAGUUUAUGUUUUGAUAAAGCAAAAGUUAAGUUUUAUAUUGAUAAGAUGCUCUAUUUUAUACUGCAGUAGUAUUUUGCAAAGUUUGGUUUCAACAGGAGACUAAUUCACAAACCUCCUAUUGUUGCUAAUGAUGGCCUUUGUUUUUAUGCUGGAGUGUUGAGAUAUUUGGUUAACAAGAGACAAAACUGUGAACCAUUCCUAAGAUAUCUUAUAUUCUGCAAUGGUAAUUUUAUGAAACUUGGUUUUAACAAGAGACUAUUUCAAGAACUAGAUAUCCCAAGAUGACUUGUUUUAUUCUACAGUGGUAUUUUUAUGAAACUUGCUUUCAACGGACUAAUUCAAAUGGUCUGUGCUAUUUUGCACUGAAGUUUUUUGACAAGUUUGAUUUCAACAGGAGACUAAAACCCCACUGUUGCUAAGAUGUUCUACGUUAUUCUGUGAGAUGAUUUUUUUGUGAAGUUUGGUUUCAACAGGGGACUAAAUCACAAACCUCAUAUUGCUCAGGUAUCCUAUCUUCUGCAACAGUGUUUUUUUUGAAGUUUGGUUUCAACAAGAGACAAUUUCACGAACUUCAUAUGCUAAAAUGACCCAUAUUAUUAUUCAACAAUGGUGUUUUUAUGAAACUUGCUUUCAAUAAACUUCAUUUUAUUGUAAAGUUAAUUUUAACAUUUGAGCCUCAAAACAUAAUGUUGCUAAUAUGUCCUGUUUUGCUCUGUAGUGGUGUUUUUUGAAGUUUGGUUUCAACAGGAGACUUAAUUCAUGAACCCCAUAUUUUUGUUAAGAUGUCUUAUUUUGCAAUGUUUUUUCUGUGAAAUUUGGUUUUGACAGGAGAAUAAUUCAUGAAAUUCAUGUCAAGUUACAUUUUUUUAUACAACUAUGUGAAAAUGGGACUUUUGCAUUCUCAUAAAUAUGAAGUUUACUUACUGUGCUUUAAAAUUGUGUGUGCUAAAUGCUCGUGCUUAUACUUUUAGGAAUGUGUUUAGUAAUUGUAUAUCUGAUUUCUGUGGAGUUGAUGUUUGUAAAAGUCUUUUAAGAAUCGACAGUUUUAUGCAUUCAUAUUAUUCUGAUACAGAAACUUUAUAGGUUUGUUUGCUGUCUUAAGUUUGGCAGUGUUCUUUGAUACCAAGACAUUUUGCACAAGUUUAUUUGUAUUAUUCAGUAUAGAAUGUUAGAUGACAUAAUUUUAUUAGCCAGUUUAAACAUCUUUUAGUCACUUUAUCCCAUCCCCAAAUAUUAUUUAGAGUGCUGAUGUUGAGUGUAAUUUCUUUGAUCAAUUAAGAUUAGUGUUGAUUGCAUAACAUCUUGUCUUCAAAUUGAUUGCAUAUUUGGUGUAUACUU